AUGCUCAGCCAAGAGUACUCCUGGCUAUUCGACUGCAACGCUGGUCAGCAGAUGCCAGACUAUCUCCUCGAUGCCGGCACGUACGCAUGCACUGAUGGUGGCGAUAUGUCGGCUGGUUUUGACCUGUCUUCUGCUACUCAGGAAUCGAGCAUUAUCUCGACUACCCACAUGAACAAUGACCAGCAGUCUCUAUGGUUCGAUAGCACUGCCCAGUCGAUCGACCAAGGUAUUGAUUUUGCUUCACUUCUUACAGAUGCCGACUUUUCUGCUCCCAAUCCGAAUCUUGAUUCAGCAGUCGUCGGUCAGAACGUCGGGUCUCUGCCGGCCUAUCAAGAUUGUGCUUCGGUUCAUCAAGAGAUCGAUGCGGAACUCUUCUAUCCCAACGCGCAGUCCCCACUUUUCCACCAGUAUAUCAACCCAGCUACAGUAAACCAAGGCGCAAACUUGUAUGACACGAGCGCAGCACUAUCGAUGCAACAUGUUCCAGAUUCCAGUCUACGCGAAGAGCUUGAGAGGCCGCUCUCAGAAGAAGAACCGUGCGUGCUCGAGUUCGGAGCCGGGUUGGUGACCGAGUCUGGGACCGAGUUUGGAACCCAGCCCAGGACCGAGUCUGAAAACGCUGACAAAGGUCCGCAGCUCGACCGCGAGCAACUGCAGCAGGACCGGCGCCACGAGCCUGCCGAGCCGCUCCAAGCAAACACUAUAGAGAGACUUAACGAGCAGGACGAGAAAAUUAGGGAGCUGGAGCUAGCCCUGCUGCAGCAGCAGCAGCAGGCCUGUUCAGAAUCUCAACAAACCUUCGUCGACGUCCGCAGGCAAUGGGUUGAAGUGCAGACAAACUUUGAACAAUACUUUGAGCGCUUGUCAGGCUGGGUGGAAGAGCACAGUCAAACCAACGCAGGAGAAUUGGUUCGUAUGAGAGAGAGGGUGGAAGACCUAGAGGCUGAAGUGCUGGCGUUGCGGCGAUGUAUCGAUAGCUCUAGCUAA